AUGGUGGCAAGGAUUUGCCCGGAAGACUGGUGGAAGAAUUCCAUGGAUUCGCCCAGGAAGAUCAACAGCAAGAAAGUUCUUUGCGGCAACGUCAAGGCCGUCAAGGCCGUCACAGGCCGUCAGAUGCAGCAGCGGGAAAGCCCUGUCCAGAGCGUGUGCAGUCGUGCGAAUCACAACAAGCACAGUAGACUCGAUUCUAGAACCAGACCCAGCAGUGGUCUGCACAUCCCGAGAGUCUACCAACCUUUGAAGGCAGUGAAUACUGUAGCCCUUGGCAUCCGACAACCACCAGCAUCAUCACCAUCACUGAUCAACAAGGACCACACAUCCAGACCAAGCCAGCCCGGAAUCGUUGCCGCACGUGAGCGCAUAGCCUGCUUUUUGCUUUUUCCUCCCCCAUUCUUGCACCGUCACAGGGACAGAGAGGUGUAUAAAACACACGAUGAAGAUCACACUGCAUUCAUUGCAGCUUUUGCAUGUAUGAUAGUAAUGAUAAUGACUGCACAACCAUUGGGAUCGUCCAUUACGCCAUCAUCUCAGACAUAUUUUAUUACUUGCAACACCGCGGCAGUUGAUCGACCAACGUGA